AGAGCGCCGGGAGUGCGCGCUGCGGUCGCCGCUCAGCGAGCGCCCAUCGCUCUCGCGUCUGCGGACACAUUCACGCCGUUUCAAGGCGGGCGGCGCUGCCGGCGCGGGGGCGGUGGCUUCUGCCUUUCGGAAUCGCGGGGAGAGGAGUUCCUCUAGCGGAUGAGCCUGGUGCCUUCUGCCCGUCUCGUUCCGUCCCUUCGCGGGGAAGGCGAAGCGCGGCGCCCGUUCGGCAGAUGCGCAAGUGGAAGCAACUUACUGUGUGAUGAGCACUAGAGCAGCACUAGAAAACCGGGAAAAGUGUUUCCUGCUCACAAUCACUGAAAAAGAAAUGUUCUGCUGUUUGAUUUGGAUGGUUGUCCUGCUCUGCAGUUCUAUGGCUGAUGAAAACUCUAUUGGAGAUGCUGACAUUUUUCCCUCAUCUCCUGAAAUUGAAAGAGGAUCCACCCUGAAACUCUUUUGUGUUCUUGGGAAACACUACACACCUCACAGAAAUGCAAGCCACAUCAUCUGGAAGUUGAAUCAUGAAUUGAUUUCUCAGGAAAACUAUGACAUUGUGAAUGAGACUGUAUCUAGUGUAACCAUCCAUAAUUUCACUUACAGUAAAGCUCAUGUGAAAUGCUUCACUAAGUACUUGGGCCAGGAACAGCUUUUGGUUCACACAGAAGUUAAAUCUGGAUUUCAACCGGACGUACCAGAAAAUAUUUCCUGCAUUUAUUACUUUGAUGUUGAACUUACCUGCAACUGGACUUCAAGGAGAGAAACAAAUCUUUCAACUAACUAUACUCUUUACCUAAAAGUGAUGGCAAUAGGAAGCAUGACUCCUUCCAAAACAAUUCACACCUGUCCAAGCAAAAAGGAGUCGUGUUCAUUUCGGCAUCCGCAUGUUCCAUAUAGUAGUCAUUUUUAUUUUCAGGUGAAAGCUGAAAAUAUUUUGGGUGAAGCCUCAUCAGAUUGUGUUCUUAUAGCUGUGAAAAAUAUAGAGAAAUUUAAACCUCCUGAAAUACUUUCAAUUAAAAAAAUCACUGGUAUAAAGCAAUUGCUUGAAGUAACCUGGAAGAUGCCUGAGAAGAUUAUUCCUUUACAAGAUUUAACUUGUGAGCUUCGAUACAGAAACAUCUAUUCAAACUCUUCAAAAUUUGCCAGUGUCCUAAUGAAUUCUUCAAAGAAAGUAAGAUCAUAUAAUCUCACAGGUCUGUGGGACUCCACAGAGUAUUCAGUUGCCAUUCGGUGUAUCAAUAAUAAUUCAAAAUUCUGGAGUGAGUGGAGUAAAGAGAAAACAGCAAGCACGGAAGAGAAAGCUCCCUCAGAAAAAGUGGAUUUAUGGAGGGUAAUUGAACCUUCACAGUCAGCUGGACACAGAUCUGUACAUCUUAUGUGGAAGCCAGUGAACAAUUUUCCAUCUCCUGGGAGAAUUCUAGGCUACAAAAUACAGUACUUUCCAGAAAAAAGUGCUGCACUUCAAGUAACAAAAAACUCUACCGAUAAGAAAAUUAUUUUGAUUUUAAAUGAAGACCCGUAUAUAAUAUCUGUUAUAGCCUGUAACUCUGCUGGAAAUUCUCCCGCAGCUAUUUUGAGGAUUCCAUCCACUGAUGAAAAAACUCCUCAGAUUAUUGAAACGGUGAGGACCUUUACAACAGAUGAAGAAGUCGUCGUGGAAUGGACAGCCUCCAAACCAGAAGUAACUGAAUAUGUAGUUGAGUGGUUUGAGGAAUUGGAGACAGAUCCUUUUGGUAGAUCGUGGCAAUAUGUAUCAAAUUCUACAAUCUGGAAAACUAACAAAAAAAACUUUAAACCAUUUGUAUGCUAUAACAUCUCCGUGUAUCCUCUCUAUGGAAAUCAAGUAGCAGCUCCAUAUUCCACACAAACUUAUGUUCAAGAAAGAAAACCAUCAGAGGGACCUGUGGCUGACACGGGCAUUCUGGGUAAAAAUGAAGUGAUGAUAAAAUGGAAGGAGAUUUCAAAGGAUAAAAGAAACGGAUUUAUCAGGAACUAUACAAUAUUUUAUAAACCUGAAAAUGGAAAAGAAUUGAAUGAAACUGUGAACUCUGAUGUUCUACACUACGAACUGAAGUCCUUACAGGCUAAUAUGCAAUAUACUGUCUAUGUCAUGGCAAACAAUGAAGCUGGUGGAACCAGUGGAGAGCCCAAAACCUUCAAGACUUUGAAAUUCAAUAAAGAAGAUGUUGUUUUCUUUGCUCUACCUAUUGGACUAAGCAUGUUGUUUCUGUUAGGCAUUUGGAUAACAUGCAUUUUGAAAAAACACACGUUUAAAAAGGUUUGUUGGCCUGAUAUACCAAAUCCUGCGGAGAGUGUUGCAGUGGAAUGGCCUCUUGAUGCAUCUCUGAAUAAUUCAUUUUUGAAGGAAGUGACAUCUGAAGGUAAAACCAUGGACUUUGAAGACAUCAGCGUUUUGGAACAUUUUUUUCCUGAAGAAAGUCAAGAAGGAUCACUACUAAUGAAUUAUGAAAACCAUGUUUCUGAAUGUACUGAUGUUGAUACAAAAGGCACAAUUAAUGGAGGUAAAAUGGUACUGCGUAAUGAAGAAAAUGAAGUUGCUAGAUGUUUUUCGCCAUCCAUGGCUUAUGUAAUAACUGAUGAAGAUAUCAGAAGUCAAAUGCAUUCAGCUUUGAUAACAGCAAAGGAAAUCCAUCCCGCGGAAAUGCUGAAGCAUGGUUUCUGCGAGUUCCAACAGACUUCAAUUAAAAAUGAAGGAAAUGAUAAUGAGGAGAUUUUAAAGCUGGAAGAUUGCAGUGAAAAAGCACUGUUCAAUCCAUACCUUAAAAAUUCUGUUAAAACAAGGGAAUUUCUUGUUUCUGAGAAGUUGCCAGAGCACAGUAAGAAUGAACCCAAAAGCCAGCCAACUGUGUUACCUCCUUUUCAACAAAAUGUUGCAGGGCAAUCCUAUGUAACACUGGACAUGUUUGGGCUGGCCACAGCUCAUUAGCGUGAGAAAAUGUUCCUUUGUGGAAUCCCUUUGUGAUAUGUGUCUUGGCACUUCUUCUCACAGCCAUUCCUAUGUUCUAACUUGGCUGAUCUUACUUAAUAUGGACGAAAACACCCCCUUCCUCUGAACAGUUGUGAAGUAAUUUUUUUGCACUGUGUUUAUACCCCUCAGGGUUCACUUUCAGAGGGUGGUGGGGGUUUUUUUGUUUGCUUUGGGGAUAUUUUUACCAGAUAGCUGUGCCAACAGUGAGGCAAAGGAAGUAGCUUUUCUUAUUUCUUCGUUUUCCUCUAUUGAUCUGCUAAAACAAUCGUAUCUUUACUGUGGGAGCAUCCAGAAGUGGAGCCAGCUCACUGGUUUUCCCCCAGGGUUUACCCAUGGCUGAGCACUCUUGGGUAAACGUGGACUGAUUUGGGCAGAGCCAGGAUCUGCCAAAUCCUUCCUCAAGUUACGUGGAGUGCAACUACUUUCCUGUUCUUAUUUCCCUUAAUUGUUUUAUGUCUGGUUCAAUGUGUAGUGUUCCUACUGUUUUACAAACACUUGGUAAAUUUCAGUAAUUGUCUUUUUACUUCCCGACUCUUGAAUUGGUGGUUUGGCUCAUAGUUUCUCUGCUUUUAAUUAAAGGUUAUUAGUUAUGUAUGUGCUGUUGCCUUAUCUGUGUUUUGGAAAAUGUAAGGUUAUACUAACUUUAUUGCUUCCUUCCCUUUCUCUUAGGUUGUUAAUCAUCCUCUGCAUUUUGUGCUGCUUUUGUCUCUUUUGUUUGUUUGCUGCUUUUAAAAAGUCUGUUUAUUGCAGGAUAUCUUUUUAUCUUCUUGUUUCUUUGCCUCUAAUUUCUCCCAGUUUACAACUGUGUUCCACAGUUGAGGUUUUGCUAUUUUGAACUGAAGAAAAAUCAGCUAAAUGCAGCGUCUUGUCUUGGAACAAGCAUUGAGUUUAUAUUUAGGAAAAUACUUUUCUUGGGGAUAGUGAAAAAACACUAAGUCUACAAAAUGUCCCCAGAUAUCCUUCAGUAGCUGAUUUAGGAUUAGAGAUUUUUAUGCGAGGGCUGUAACUAUUGCAAUUUGUUUUAUGAUUUUGAUAAGUCAUAAAACUGCUUGUAGCUUCCAUUUUAUGCACCAGCAAUUAAGCAGAAAACUCUACCAUUUUUUUUUUCAUCAGGAGUCUAUUACUGUAAAAUUCCUACUGAAAUAUUUACUCUGUUAAAUGACAGGUUGAAAAUAAGGAAUGGAGAGUGAACUGUUAAGUAAAAUGUGUUAAAAAGGGAUGCUCAGUAUUACAUGUGGCAUAUAGUAAUUUUAAUACUUUAAACUGUUCUCACAGUAAUUAAAAGCUUGACAGCAUCAGCCUUGCUUGUGUACAACUACAGACUUCACUAGGAGUGAAAAGGAUACAGGAGUCAUGGGGAUAGAAAAAGGAGAGACAUAUGACUAGGAAUAGGAGGACUUUCCUUUCUACGUGGGAAAAGGAGUGUGAGGAUGGAAAGUAUAUUUUCUAGCAUGAAAGAGGAGGCUGAGUCCUACCCCGGAUGGCUAUACCGAGCAUUGUGUUGGGAAAGAUAAAUUUUGCAUUCAGACUUCUCAUCUAUAGUUUGGAAGCUGUUUUUUACUUACAGCAAUGUUUGUUCAGUUUCCAAGAAAGGAAGAGAAAGCAAUUUCUGCGGAAGUUCCUUGUACAGCAACGAUUUCCACCCUCCACCUCUCCUUCAAUUUGUUGGAGCACUUUCCCAACCACAGAGCUAUCAGACAAAAUGCAGCGUGUUUGUUCUUAAAAACGCUUACUUGCUUAAAUAAUUCGUGCUCUCAAGUGAGCAUGGGGCACAGCUUUGGUUGGGUUAAUGCUCCUGCUACUUCCCUGGCUUUUGGACUUCUUACAACAGCUUCAUAGUCAUUUCCUAGGGCUCAGAAGCCAUUGACUUAGUCACAGCAGUUUUUCCUCUUAAAUCUCAGCAUUUGUUUUCAUAUCACAAGAUUUGGAAGUAAACAGAUACAGAUAUUUCAGAGCCAGUCUAGGAAUUGUGUAGCAGCCAUAUGCAAGCUGCACACUCUGAGUUGUGUGACUGAGUCAGGUAAAAAAGGGAAAUGCAACCUUUAAGGGACCAUUAGAAAUGGGAGGCUCUUGCUUGGAAGUUUGGGUAGGGUCUCCCUGUAACGUCUCUUAGCUUCUGGAGGGUAAGUAAUAAUCUGCUUUUCCACACAAUUUUGUUUCCUUCUUUAUUGCUGUUCUGCUUUUCUCUUCUCACUUCUGAGUUCUUUGCCCAUGGUUUUCUCUGAGAAAGAGCAACACGAUAAGUGGGAUCAGUGUGUCUCAGAAAUUAGGUCUGCCUUUUGCCUGUACUUUGGAACGCCACCUUCUUGGAUUUGGAUUGCUUUGCAUCCGGACUUGUACUCUGCCUGACCCUAUACAAUUUGUCUUUCAAACUAAUGCUGUGAACCAUUAAAAAAAUAAAACUGAGAGCACAUGGAAAAGUUUUUAUUAAUUUUACGCUGAAUGCACCAUUUAGACAUUUUAAUUUAGCAAUAUGAUCCUGUUUUGAGUGUGAUGCACAAAUUGCCUGGGUAUUCAGGGCAGUUACUCCACUUUUGUAAUUUCAAGUGGCAAUAGCAGGUUGGACAUUGCAAUACUUCAACAGUUUUGAUAUUUUUUUUUAUAGAACACCUGGUGUCAUUAUACCCAGAGACUGGUUUUCCUAGAUUUCAUUUCAUCAUCACUGAUCUGAAAAAAAACCCAUUUCUAUCCCUGCUCAAAAUGCAGAAAAUUAAUCUGUUAGGUGCAUAGGUCUUUGCAAGGUUAAGAGAGAUCAACUUGUGGCAUAUUUUCAAGAAGAUAUUAAUGCAUCUUCAUAGUCAUUCUUCUGUGCAUCACACAAAUAAUUCCUUCCUGACAUUAAGGCUUAUGCCCUUCAAGUUAUUAGUAGAUCAUGCUUUUCACUUAGCGGACUUCUAAGCUAAAUUAAACAUUCCAUCUUCUGUUGCCCGAGUUUACCUUUAACUCACCAGAAUUUGGAAUUCUUUGAACAGGUAUCCCACAAUGUCUUUGAUAAAGCAGAGUAACCUAUUACAGGCUAACUUUCCUCUUAAUGAAAGACUGAUUUAUUAUAAAUAGAUCUCUCUUUUGAGAUAGUAGAUAACUUCUCAAGAAAGGUGUUUCAACUUCUGUUCAUGGUUGAGAACUUAUGCAGAAGAGUUGCAUUACAAGCCUGAGUUUGGUAUCUCAUGUAGCAGAGGUAAAUGUUUACACACAACUGAGUCCUAAUUUGAGCAUGAUAUGUGCAGCUUUUGUACUUGCUCAGCAAAUGGGUUCGUGUCACCUUUGCAGUCAUCUCAGGUGUCUUGCGACAAUUCCUUUUUACCAGUUUUGCACAGUGAUGCCAUAGGCUUUGUGUUUGGAUUCUGCUUUGAGAUUUAACACUGUAAGGUGGGCAAAGGAGUCCAGGAAGGCACAAAUUGUUCAAGAAGGGAAUCUGAGAGGUGCAGGAGCAGGUCCUCCCUAUGUGCUGAAAGGCAAACUGGUGGGAAAGAAGAUUGGCCUACCCUAGUAGAGAGCUUUGGUUGGAACUUAGGAUGAAAAAGAGUUAAUGGAAGAAGGAGCAGGCAACUUACGAAGGCUGCAAGGGUGUUGUGAGGCUAUGCAGGGAGAAAAUUAAAAGGACCAAAGCCCAGCUACAACUUUUAUCUGGCUACAGCUUUAAAAGAUAGUAAAAAUAUGUUUCUAAAAACACAUUAGCAACAGGAGGGCUAAGGAAAAUCUCAAUCUUUUAUUGUGAGGGGAAAUGUGAUGAAAAGGAGAGGGCUGAGAUACUUAAUGCAUUCUUUGCUACAGUCUUUAACAGUAAGACCAGUUGUUCUCAAGGUACCCAGCCCUCUGAGCUGGAAUACAGAAGUGGGAAGCAGAAUGAAGCCCGCAUAAUCCAAGGGGAAAUGGUUAGUGACCUGCUACACCACCAAGACAUACAGAAGUACACGGGGCCAGAUGGGACCUAGCCGAGAGUACCUCUGAUUGGAGCUGACGGAAGUGCUCACCGAGGUACUUUCCAUCGUUUAUCAGCAGACAUUGCUAACUGUCCCAGCUGACUGGAGAUUAGCAAACGCAACAUCUGCAAGAUGUGCUAGAAGGAGGAUCUGGGGAACUACAUGCCUGUCAGCCUGACUUUGGUGUGGGGCAGGAUUUUGGAACAGAUUAUCUUGAGUGCCAUCAUGUGGCACAUAUAGGACAACCAGGGAAUAAUAGAAUCAUAGACUGCCAUGUUGGCAGUGACCUUUAGGAUCAUCCAGUCCAGCCAUUUUAGGUGAUAUAUAGUUUAAAGGAUAUGUCAUCCUGUCAAGCUGAGUCUUAAAAGUGUUCUGUAAAGAGGAAUUUACCACUUCCCUGGGGAGAGUAUUCCAGUGUUUCAGUGUUCUUAUGGUAAAAAAAUUUUGUUCUGGAUUUAGGAAUGACUGGUCCUGCUUAACAAACCUGAUUUCCUAUGACAAGGUGACACCACGUAGUGGUUGAGGGAGAAGCUAUGAAUGUUGUUCACCUGGACUUUAUAAAGCCUUUAACGCCAUUUCCCUCAACAUUUUCCUGGAGAAACUGGCUGCUCAUGGCCUCAUUGGAUGUUCUCUUCUCUAUGUAACAAACAGGCUGGAUGGCCAGGCCCCAAGAGUUGUGAACAGAGCUAAAUCCAGUUGGCAGCUCGUCACAAAUGGCAUUCCCCAGGGCUCAGUGUUAGGGUUGGUUCUGUUUAAUAUCUUUGUCAAUGAUCUGGGUGAGGGGAUCAAGUGCUCCCUCAGAAAGUUUGCAGGUGACACUAAAUUGAGCAAGAGUAUUGAUCUGCUUGUUGUUAUGAAGGCAGAGGGAUCUGGACAGGCUGGAUCGAUGGACAAAGGCCAAUUUUAUCAGCUUUAACAAGGUUAAAUGUUGAGUCCAGCACUUGAGCCACAACAGCUCCAUCCAACACUACACACUUAGGGAACAGUGGCUGGAAAGCUGCCUGAUGGAAAAGGACCUGGGAGUGUUGGAGAACAGCUGGCUGAAAAUGAGCCAGCAGUGUUCCCAGGGGGCCAAGAAGGCCAAUAGCAUCCUGGCUUGUAUCACAACUGGUGUGGCCAGCAGGACCAGGGAAGUGAUUGUCCUCCUGUACUUCAGGCUGGUGAGGCCACAUCUCAGAUGCUCUCUUCACUUUUGGGCCCUCUGCCACAAGAAAGACAUUGAAGGUCUGGUGGGUGGGCAAAGGAGAGUAACAAACCUCAUGAAGGGCCUGGAGCACAAGUCCUGUGAGGUAUCUGGGGCUGUUCACCCUGGAGAACAGGAGGUUAAGGGGAGACCUUAUUGUUCUUUAUGACUACAUGAAAUGAGGUUGUGGUGACAUGGGUGUUGGUCUCUUUUCCCAAGGAAUAAGUGAUGACAUAAGAGGAAACAGCCUGAAGUUCUGCCAGGGAAGGUUUAGAUGGGAUUUUAAGAAAAGUGUCUUCACCGAAAGUGUUAUGAAGCACUGGAACAGACUGCCCAGGAAAGUGGUGGAGUCACCAUCACUGGAGGUAUUUAACAGAUGUAUAGAUGUGGCAUUUAGGGAUGUUUAGUAGUGCCCUUGGCAGUGUUAGGUUUAUGCCUGGACUUGAUGAUUUUAAAGGUCUUUCCCAACCUGUGUCACUUUAUGAUUCUCUAGGAUGCGUUCUAGAUAUAAUGCACUCUGCUGCUGUUGAUUAUUUCUCAGGGCAGACAGGAAUGGAGAACCUAAUGAGCUCUGAAUUUGAUUCUGUUACUUUUUGUAUGUACGCACAUAUAUACUACUGUUAAACACAAAAAUUGCUUUAGAAUCAUCUUAAUGCGUUUUACCUACUUGACACACUCAUGCCUUGUUUUGCUCUGAUCUUCUUGCUCAGAAGUCUUAAGUUACUUCUGGGUAUUUUGACUCCAUCUUCCCCCAACCCCUUUGUUUUCUUCGCAAUGGUUGUUAGGUUUUACAUGAAGAUAUGUUCAGAGUUACCAUGUGUUAUGCAUUUAUGGCUGCCUUCACCCUAUUAGCUUGUGUGGGAAAACUUAAGCAUACUUGUUGUGACAGCAACAAAAUUUCAUAUGCAGUGGAAUCCAUAUUGUGGUGUUUCUGUGCAAAGCAUGAUUUCCCUCUAUUUGGACAUCCACAGGUAGGAAAAGUUCAAAUGUUACAUUUGCUCUUUGCUUGCUUUAGAGUUUGUGCAAGCAGAGUAUUUUCAAGAAGAGAAGAGGUAUCCCCGAUGCUGCUGCAGGUCCACAUAGCUUCGUUAUGCAGCCAUACCGUUGUAUAAUCUGUAUAACUACAUUGAUUCUUUUGAGAAACUACCUGUUGAAGUGUUUCUGUACAUCUAAAUACGUUUGCAUACGCACGUGCCUGAGCCCAGACACAGUGAAGUAUCAUAAUUAAUUUAAUGUUUGUACAAGACCCGAGAGAAGGAAGUUGUUUAUGUGAUUUUGAUUGCUACUCAGCCUCAUUUGUCAGCAUAGAUAAGACUGUAAUCUGCUUCAUUGCUGGGAUCUUCUUUUUUCACAAUGCAUGGAGUCUAGCCUAAGAGCCUACAAGAUCCCGGUCCUUGACCAGAAAUCCUAAUCUAUGUUUUUACUCUAUUUGUUGCUAUGCUUUUAGAUUGACUUUCCGUGUUCCAGUGCAUGCAUUGCCUGCGCGUCUGAGUUUCCCAUGUGAGAAGAUGGGUGGCUCUUUUGUCUUGCAGUCCAGUGCAAACCAACACUUAAGCACUCUGAAUGACUAAGAGGCUUGAGAAACAUGCAGUCAAGAACUAUAUUGCAGUGUAAACACAUCUUGCAGUGCUCUCAUGGUAAAGAAAAUUACUAUGAUCAAUAGUAAGAUAGUAGCUUUAAAUGCCUAGUGACUGCAGCUAUGAUAGGCAAGGCAACUGUCAUGGAUGAGUUGAGUAGGUCUCUGCAGAAACAAAGAUCUUAGGGUAUUAGUUUUGGACUAUGUUUCAUACAUUUCAAAAUGACACUCACAGGCUAGGUGGAACAAAUGCCAGAGAUCAAGUUAUCUGCAGCCUCAGGCGAUCUGUGAUGCACGCAAUGUGAUGCAGCCAUGGAACUGAGGUUCCAGCUGGUAGUUUUUGCAGUUGAAUGGUAUGAAAUCCUUCGGUCUUAUGUUGUCAGAUGUUAGAAGCAUUACAAGAAUCAACACUGAGCCUCUGCUUCAAAGAAAUGCCAGGUUUUAAUUUUGAAAUAUCCCUUGAUGAAUUCGAGUAAGAGGGCUUUGUUGUAACAGAGGUGUUGGGUAUUAGGCUGUAAUGGUUUAACUUUGGUAACCUAGAUGUCAAAACAAAAGAUAUCGAAGAUUCAACAGCACAGUGUCUGGGAAGUCAUUUAUGUAACAAGCAAAGCAAUUCUAAAUCUCUGUGGUCACACAAACAGUGUUUCUAAUAAAAAUGUCAUGCUCAGCAGGAUUUUAAGAAGUAAUUUAUGAAUAUUUAUUCAUUAGCUUUCUGUUUUACUAACAACUGUUCUGAAAUGUUCAGGGAAGUUACUCUACCAAGUGUUAGUCGGAAAUAACACACAGAGCUUAUAUACCAGAAACUAUUUGAGACUGUAUGAAACUUGCUUGCAAACAAAUGAAAUGUGUAUUAAUUUGAGCUAGUGUUCCGAGCUGAUGUGCUCUGGUUUCAAAUCUGCUGCAAAGACAGUAAAAGACUUGUCUUUCUGCUCUGUGUUCAUGUUUGCCGUAAGGAUAGCAGUGAGUAGCAGGAAGCAGGGCACAUUCGCAGUGUAUGUAAGUGUUGCACCCUUUUUGCGUACAGGUCGUGCUUCCCAGUCCAAUAAGUUAAGCAGGAGGUUCUAAGCAAAAUACUGUCUUUUUAGUCCUUCGUGUUUUUCAGUUCUCUUCACAAUUUUCCUACUUAGCAGCUAUUAUUUUUUCAGUAUUUGACAAAAACGUAAUUAUGCUAGUGAACUUGGAUUAUUUUAUCUGCUCUUUUUUCCCCUGCAUUUUCUUAUGAUUAUUUAUUUUACCUUUUUUUCCAAGCAUAAACAAUAAUUUCACUGCCACCUUUCUAUUUAAUCCAAACUAGCGUUUUAUCUGGG